AUGUUCACUGCAUUUUUUUGCCAAGCCGAGAAUGCGAUCAUCGCUCCGUUGUUCCAUACACACAAGCAACCGUAUUCAGAUGCCCAGAUCAUGGAUAGACCUCUUCCGGGUUUCGAUGCCCGUGCGUUGCUUCUUGCUCCUCAUUGUCGGCGGGCUGAUCAAACGCCAAGCCGUUUCCCCGUGUCUGCGACCAUUCCGCAACGCCAAGAUCUCCACUGCUGCUUGAACACAAUGCUCCCAUUCUAUACCUUCGAUUAUUAUCCUUGCUGCAUCAUGAAAUUCACUACGGAAGUGGCUAUUGCCGUUCUGGCUUUUACUAAUCUCGCGGUUGCUGAUGCUCCUUCGCGCAGGUGGACGGGCUCGCUCUCUGCACGAGCCAAUACACUUGGCCGCCGUCAGAUUGAGAUCGGGGGCCUCAAGCUCGGUGGAGGUGGUAAUGCAACGGCCGGCGAAGCUGGCGGACAAACCAAGGGAGGAAACGGAGGUGGUCUGACCAUUGGGGGAUUGACACUAGGUGGCUCCAAAGGUGGAAUAUCAGGCAACGGUCUUAGUCUCCCUGGAGGUCAGAACAACAACCAGGGCCAGCAGGGCCAGGCUGGUGGAGCGGGCGCCCCUGAUACUCAAAAGCCAGCCGAGGGAGCAGCGCGAGCGGAAGGACAACCAGCGCAAGAGUCCAAGCCUGCUGCUGAAGCCGCGAAGCCCUCGAAAACUGCUUCUGCAGCCGAAACAGUUCCAACAGAGACCGCUUCUGGAGCAGAAAAGCCAGCGAAAAGUGCUCCGGCAGCUGAAGCAGCGCCGCCCAAAGCGACCGUGACGGUCGAAGCUUCAAAGAACGGCACGGCUACGGAGGCUGCGCCUGUAAAGGAGUCACAAGCUGCCGCCGCUGAGCCAAAGGCGCCCGCGACAAAACCUGCUGCACCCGCCACCGAGCCCAAGGCAGAGCCCCAAACUGGAGCGGGACCAGGAACUGAGAACCAACCCGGACGGGCCGAGGGCGAGGCCGCUGCUGCUGAAGCCAAGGGUGAAGCAGCUGCAUUGAAGGGAGAGACCGCUGCCGAAGCGAAUAAGUCGAACGGCGUCAAGGCUACCGAGGAGUCGGAGCGCUUCUCAGAGGAAGCUGGAAUUACGCUCAACAAGGAUGGCAGCGCUGCGAACCUUGGUGGAAAUCUGGGCAUCACUCAAGGUUCCGAUGGAAGCAAGUCCGUUGGUGGAGAGAAUGGAAUCAACAUUGCGGCCAAUGGCCAGGCUACCGCUGCAGGCACGGAGAGAGAAUAG